GUGUCAACAGUAAUGGUACAGUGUAAUUCAUUUUAAUCAUGAGCGUAAUCGAUUUUCUUCUCAGCUGGCAGAUUAUACUACAACCCUUGCUGAAGAUGAUCCGCCGACUGUUCAGUACGCUCAUUGCGGAUUAUCCGCCGGCGGGCGAGUUUUUGCCUUCGGCUCCACACCCCAGCAAUCGUCACCCUACCGGAGGUGGGACGGAACUGGUGCCACCGGCAUUCCGUACCAGCUCGCUACAAUCCUUGAGCUGGCUGCACGCGAUCUCGCCCUGCUUUCCCGUAUCGGGCGACUGUAUCGAGGUCAUCCGUGAGCCGAGCGCAUUCUACAACACACUGCUCGACAAAUGUACUGUUGCGCGUCGAAGAAUUAUGCUGGCCAGCCUGUACCUUGGCACGGGCAACCUUGAAACGCAACUCGUGGCCGCAAUCCACGAGAACUUGCGCAACAAUGUGCAGCUAAAGGUGGACGUACUGUUGGACUUUACGCGCGGUACACGCGGUGUACGUAACAGUCAAACCACGCUGAUGCCUUUGGUUGAGGAGACGGAUAACUUCCGCCUGUCCCUGUACCACACACCGGUGCUGCGUGGUCUUACAAAACGGCUCGCACCACCCCGAUGGAACGAGCUGCUUGGCAUACAGCACAUGAAACUGUACCUUGUAGAUGAUACGGUUAUCAUAUCCGGUGCGAAUCUGUCCAACGAUUACUUUACCAACCGGCAAGAUCGGUACGUUAUGAUCGAAGAUCGAAGGCUGGCCGAUUUCUAUGCCAAUUUCCUGUCUAAAGUGCAAGAGUUUAGCCUUACGGUGGGUCGAGAUGGUGCUACCCGGCUGCACGACACCUGGACCAUGCUGCCGUACAAGUGUGCCCAGCUUGAAUUUGCAACUGAAGCACGGGAACGCAUCCGUACGUACUUCCGGAGUGUGAUGGACGAGCAGCGAGCGAUCUGUGAGCGUGACGACACACAGCAGGCAGACACGUGGAUAUUUCCACUGAUCGAAAUGGGACAGCUCGGUAUUCAUCACGACAGUUUGGCUACGAAGCAGCUGCUUUCGGGCUGUUUGGCUGGUUCGCGUUUACGUUUAGCGACGGGGUACUUCAAUCUGACGGAGACGUACAUGAACACGCUGACGAACGAUUGUCAGGCGCAGUGUAAUAUCCUCAUGGCACACCCAAACGCAAAUGGCUUCCUCGGUGCUAAGGGACCAGCAGGCGGUAUCCCAGCCGCAUACUCCCUGUUGGCACGCAAAUUUCUCGAAAUGCUUAAAUCCUCCGGCCAAAGCCAUCGGGUGGAGCUUUACGAGUACGAACGACCCGGGUGGACGUACCACGCGAAGGGCCUAUGGUACUAUCUACCCGACUCGCCCCUCCCAAACGUCACGCUAAUCGGUUCGUCCAACCUAGGCGAACGGUCCGUCAAUCGCGAUCUCGAGGCACAGAUCUGCAUGGUCACGAACAAUGUCAACCUGCAGCGUAAGCUCGAGACAGAAUAUCAAAAUCUCCUCCAGCACGCGGCCACAGCCGAUACGGAACUCAUCAACCGACCGGUGCCACGCUGGGUUCGGGCCGUCGUCGGUCUGUUUCGGAACUUUUUCUAAUCUC